AUGAAGGUCUCAGCUCCAGCAUACUUCCACUCCUCUGCCACUGCUCAGCUCCUCAGACCCUGGGUCAAAGAGCGUUCAAACCAGUUGUUCUACGGCCAGCGUAAGUCUGGUUCGAAAAGACAUGCCUUGACCACAAAACAGGGCAAUAAGACCUUCUACAAAGGUACAAGAUCCUCCGGUAUUGGUAAACACACUCCUGGUGGUAACUAUUAUAUAACUUGGUCCAAGGUGCGAACCUAUGUUCCUCCAUCUUCCGAGAAUUACAACCACGAUUUGAAACCUUUGGUCCCAAAAUACAACUUCACUAAAGUUUCUUCAAACUCUUAUAAAGGCUUUAAAAACUCUUUAGAUUCAAACUUAUAUUAUAAAAAAUUGUCUGACUAUAUAUUUUAUGGAAAAGAGAUAAAUCCAAAUGAUCCAGAGCUCCCAGAAUGGCUGGAACAUCCUUAAUAAUUUAAUUUUCAACUGAAGCUCAAUUGAUGUAUUAUCAAUUUUCUAUUUAUAUAUAAUUUCAGCAGAUUUUAUCUAAUUCUUAUGUAAAUAUGUAAUAAAAGUUCCUUAUUAAUUUAUAUAAACUCAACUCAUUUCAAUAUC